AUGCCGGUCAAGCGUAAACUCGUCCAGUAUGAGGAGGGUGAUGGUGACUUUGACUGCAACACGACUAGCAGCAGUCACGACGUGAAGCCGAGCCACCUGCCGUCGAGCCAGCAGGUUCUCAAGCGUCCCCGAACCUCUGAUAUACGCCAAACUCGCGAUAUUAUAUCCGCCUUGUCCGAUGAGCUGCUUAUCAGGGUGCUUUCCUUUCUAGACGAGAAGGCUCUGCUCGGGAUAUCUUCUGUGUCGAAACGCUUCAACCGCAUCACGGCUGAUUCGCAGCUAUGGCGACCACACUAUUAUCGCCGAUUCAUUCUGCCACGCGCUCAUAUGAUCCCCGGCUUCCGGACAGGCUCCACGCGAAGCUCCAGCAAGUUGCGCUACUCAGCCAGCAAGACAAUUUGGGCGGAUGGGGGAUGGGGCCGCAGAGGCGGCUUCGUCGCUGGACAGAGCGAGAUUGUCAAUACUACUGGUCCCCAAGAAUCAGUUGAUUGGAAAAAGCAGUACAAGCUGCGAGACAACUGGGCCCGGGGGAGGUGUGCCGUCGAAGAAGUUCAGGUCCGCGAUAUCGAACGGGAUACUCCCGCAGCAGAGUGGCAGACUCUAGUCAAGGUGGUGGAUGGCUUGGCAGUAACCGUGGAUGGCACAUCCGGCCUAAGGGCGUGGGAUCUCAAGACGAGACGGCUCAUCGCACAGGCAGAUCUACAAAACAACAAGGAGACCAACCAACCCAGUUGCUUGGCCGUCGACGACCUGCUGCUCAACACUGGUACGCUGGACGCGGCUGUUGGCUUUGAGGACGGCACCUUUGGCAUCUGGAGACUGUAUAUCAAGGCCGGUGAACUCGUCAUGCUGUAUCAGCAUGCAAGGAGCUAUUUUGGCGAAUUGGUCGCCAUUGCCUAUGGACAGCCAUACGUCCUGACAGCUUCCCGACUUGGCUUUAUUUCGCUAUUUUCAUUUGAGCUGGCAGACGACGGGACGACUUCGACACAAGACUCGGAACAAGCUUUGCCACUUGAAAAGAACUGGCCAAAAUUAUCAGCGCCUGACCUGAAAGAGACAACUGCGCAGCCGCCGUCUGCAGAACUUACCCAGCCACGUCUGCUCACGUCGCUCAAGUCUCACAGCACUCGACCACCGCUUGCCUUAUCCAUUCGUCGCAUGACAGCCUCAGUCAUUGCUUCCAUCGCCUAUACCUUUGAUGCGGUCGGGGGAUGGUCCAUUGGUAUUCAGGACCUAGACAUCAAGCCGUCAGGAAUGGCGCAGCCGGACAUUGUCACAUCGAGAAUUGCGUACACGCUGCCAACUCAAACUCGUAGAUCAGCAACGUCGUCACCCUCUUCAUCACCCUCCAACCUGCAGUCUCGUUCCCCGAUAGACGUGCUGGAGCCUGAGGAAGAUGGCCCCAUCAGACUGUGUUACAGCCACCCCUAUCUACUUGCCACUCUGCCAGACAACACGCUUGUUCUUCAUCUAUGUACCUCAACUUCGUCGACGCUGUCCAUUUCACCAGGCAUCCGUCUUUGGGGUCACACCUCAGGCAUCUCCGACGCAGAAAUCACGCCGCGAGGUAAAGCAGUUAGUGUCAGCACGCGAGGCGACGAGAUUCGAGUCUGGGAACUAGAGGGCCGCGUGAGUGGAAGCAGCGUCGAAGUACGGCCUAGGCAGCCAAGCGAUGACGCGGAGCAGCACAUGAAAGGGAAAGAUUCUGGCGAUGCUGCAAGGGCCGUUGCCAGCUGGUACGACAGGAAGAACUGGGUGGGUUUCGACGAUGAGAUGGUGGUGGUGUUGAAGGAGGCCGGAGACGGGCGGGAGAGCUUAAAGGUUUACGAUUUUACGUGA